AUUUAUCUUCCUUUACUUGUGAUUCCUUCACUCUUACUCUUACUACUAGUUUUUUAUUGUACAGAUUCUAUUUUUGGGUGCUUAAUUUGGAGGUCCAAUUUGUUCUAUAAAAGAAGGAGAAGAAGAAGAAGAAGAAGAAGAAGAAGAAGAAGAAGAUGGGUAGUUCGAGUACUAGUGUUACUCCCAUGCUCCCUUCAAACCCAAAAUCCUAUGUUUUUGAGCAGCACAGAUCUCUCUUUCUCUCCAGAAGAAGAUCCAAGAAAAAGAGUCGAGCUAUUGUUCCUGUGGCAAGAUUGUUUGGACCAGCAAUUUUUGAGGCAUCAAAGUUAAAAGUUCUGUUUUUGGGAGUGGAUGAGAAGAAGCAUCCAGGGAACCUGCCAAGAACUUAUACUCUCACACAUAGUGAUAUUACCUCCAAGCUUACUUUGGCCAUAUCACAAACCAUAAAUAACUCUCAGUUGCAGGGGUGGUACAACAAAUUAUACAGAGAUGAGGUGGUGGCAGAAUGGAAGAAGGUUAAGGGGAUGAUGUCUUUACAUGUUCACUGUCACAUAAGUGGAGGCCAUUUUCUCUUGGAUUGGUUUGCAAGACUCAGAUAUUUCAUCUUUUGCAAAGAACUACCUGUGGUGUUGAAAGCCUUUGUUCAUGGAGAUGGCAAUUUGCUUAAAAACUACCCAGAAUUACUGGAAGCUCUGGUAUGGGUUUACUUCCAUUCCAACAUUCCAGAAUUCAGUAAGGUAGAGUGCUGGGGCCCUCUCAAAGAAGCUGCAGCCCUUUCUGGUGGGGCCACAAGAGAAGGAAAGCAAGCUUUGCAAUUAACCAACUGGGAAUUGCCUGUGCCAUGCCAAGAGGACUGUAGCUGUUGUUUUCCACCAUUGAGCCUGAUUCCAUGGCCACAGAAGAUUCCCCAAGAAAAUGGAAAUCAUGGGUCCCACUAUAGCUUACAGUUUACCAACCCCAAAAGCAUGGAAUGAUAUCCACCUAUGUGCUAAAUUAUUUAUCCCAAUAAACUAAAAAUCAACAAGGUAUGAGUUGGGAACCAGCCAAGAUUAGUUUUGUACAGUUUGGUAGUACAAAACAUGCAUUUAUGGUGCUAAAUUACCUAGUGAGGAUUAUUUAUCUAUCUUUAUAAAAUGCACAUACAGGUCAGUUCUUCAUGGUUCAGACCCGCCAACUUGUAUAGAAGAUUAUAGGGGGUUUGAAACUUAUGUCUCAGCAUUCUGAAAACCUCACAUCCAUGAUGUGACUCUAGUUGUUGUCAUUGUCGGUUAAAACCAAUUUUUAGUCCUGACCUUAUAAAAUUGGUAGGUUUUA